AUGAGUGAUGAUGGUGGCAGAAUGAGCACGAAGUAUGAAAAAGAAACAGAAGAUUUGGAAGUGGCAUUGAUGACCGAUUCAAAUUCGGAUGAGAAGAAAUGUGCAUAUGGUGGAUUUACUACUGAAGCUUAUGAGGAGCUGGUACGAUAUCACCGUAACAAAGAAAUUCCUAAACGACUUCAGGGCCAUUUAAAGCAUCGUAUUGAUUGUUUCAAAAGAAAAGCUAAAAGAUUUCAACUAAUUGAGGGAACUGACCAACUGAUUUAUAUUGGAUUCAAGCCAGAUCACUCAACAGUGGGACAAUUUGUUGUGAAGAAGAAUGAGGUUGAAAAAAUCCUCACUCAGGCUCAUUUGGAAUCAAAUCACGGUGGCCUGAAUGCCACACGUAAAAUGGUUUCUACAAAAUUUUAUUGGAACUCGAUUACAAGCGAUGUUGAGCAAUUCAUCAAGCAGUGUCCACGUUGUCGUAUUACACGUAUGCGAUACGUUGCAUCCAAUAAUGUUCCUUGGCGUAAAGGUGGGCGAUAUGGAGAUAUUUACACAGGCAACUGGGAAGGAAGCGAAGAUGAUUAUGCACUGCCUGAUCGUUCCUGCAAUCGAACUUGGAAAUUUACUCGAAGUCUGAAUGGAGGCGAAUACACAUACUCACCGGAUAACGGUGUAGUUCUUCAGCCUUGGAAGCGUGAUAGGCCUGCAAAUGAUGUUAUAAUCGCGGAUGAAAUGACAAAUGAAGACAUCGAUAUCGAAAAUGAUACGGAUGAACUGGGUACUACUGAAGGAAGGAUAGACACACAGAUGUUACUUCCUCAAUACUUUCGUGUAAGGCCCACUCAGCCACCCAGCUUUAGUAGAUCACAUCUUACAGAAUGGGUUGAAAGAGAACAAACAUUAGAUUAUGAUGACUCUUAUGGUAAUCCAGAAGAAGCAUAUUAUGAAGAUGAUUUUGUUGUUGGUGAAGGGAUGGCAAACAUUGCACCACCAGCAACUGCUGAUGAGAGAUUGGUUUCAGACGAUAACUUGGAUGGUGGCAUUGACAGGCCAAGUUCUACAAAAGCUACUGCAUACAAAGAAAAACUUGUCGAAAGUGCAUCAGUUAAGCGACGGUAUGUAGAAGACGGUCAAGAGUAUAUCAUUGAAACAGACAGAAAAUAUUUUAUGGUUGAAGCAGAGCAACUUUUGCAACUAUUCAAAAGAUGCGCAGGAUGUGGUGAAAAGCUGAAGCAAGUGACAUUAUAUGCUGACUCACCAAUGCCAACAGUUGCUUAUCAGUGUAAUAAAUGUGAGCAAACUGUAUGGUUUGGACAGAAAAUGGAUUAG